CAAAAGAUAAUAUGUUGAGGGAAGGAUAUAUAUGGGAAAGUUAUCAAGUUGGUGAAGAAGAGCUUAAAUCUCAAGAACAGAAACUUCCCCAUACUGCAAGGACAUCCAGCUUCGCAAGAGCAUGCAGAAGCAGCGGUUGAAUCACAUCAAGAUGUAACGGCCAAGAUGAGAUCUUUGAGAAAAGAGUUUAAGAUUUAUAGAUGGAGCCCUGAUUAUCCUGAUCGAAAGCCUUUUCUCCAAUCUUACUUUGUGGACUUGUCUUCCUGUGGCCCCAUGGUGUUGGAUGCACUGCAGAAGAUCAAAGCAGAGGAGGAUUCAAGUCUGAGCUAUAGAAGGUCAUGCAGAGAGGGGAUUUGUGGGUCUUGUUCGAUGAACAUAGAUGGAACCAACACAGUGGCAUGCCUCAAGCCUAUUGAUACAAACACUUCCACACCCACUUAUAUCACUCCUCUUCCCCACAUGUUUGUUAUCAAAGACUUGGUGGUUGAUCUCACUAAUUUCUACAACCAAUAUAAGUCUAUUGAGCCAUGGCUGAAAACGAAAAAAGCCGCGCCAGAUGGAAGGGAAAACAGGCAAACACCUGCAGAAAGGAGAAAAUUAGAUGGUCUUUAUGAGUGCAUUUUAUGUGCUUGUUGCAGUACUGCUUGCCCUGCUUAUUGGUGGAAUCCUGAAGAGUUUCUUGGACCGGCCGCGUUGCUACAUGCUUAUCGUUGGGUCUCGGACAGCCGAGAUGAGUAUACAGAUGAAAGAUUGCAAGCGUUAACGGAGAAUGAAAAUCGGCUGUAUCGAUGCAGGACUAUCCAGAACUGCACUGCCACGUGUCCCAAAAGCCUUAAUCCGGCUAGAGCUAUUAAUAACAUGAGAAAAAUGCAAAAGCUUUCUGUUCCUCUUCUUCCUCUUCCAGCUGACAAGAUUAAAGUUGCUUCCUCAUCAGCUAUGAUAUGAGAAAUGCUAAAACAUGUUCUUUACUCGAUCGAUAAGGGGAAACUAGCGUAUGUGUAAAAACCCGUGCAGGGCUCUUGUUUGUAGUUUAAAUUCUAGUCUAAAUUUGUUAUUUAUUCUGUUUAAUAAUUUAGAUAUAAGUUUUGUUAAUUUUUUUUAUUUUUAAAUAUAUUUAUUA